AUGAAACCCGAUCUAAAGCCUAAGCCAGCGAGUGCUUUUUCUGUACUCAUGUCUGGAAACGCAGAGCGCGAGCGUGCGGCUUGGACAGAGGCACAGGUAGCGGAGGACCCCAACUUUCGACCAACGAAGACGGAGCGUCGGAAAGCGCCCUUCUACAAAAUACUUACUGGAAUGCCAAUUGCUGUGGAUGCCUUCCGAUAUGGAACAAUACCAGGUGUUGAGGCAUAUUUCUUGACGCACGCACAUUCGGAUCAUUACACGAACUUAUCUUCAAACUGGAAGAGCGGACCGAUUUAUUGCUCAGAAACGACUGCGAAUCUAAUUGCUCAUAUGCUAUCUGUGGACCGAAAAUGGCUUCAUCCCUUGCCUAUGAAUACACCAGUUGAGGUUCCUAAUACGGGAGGCGUGAAGGUUACUCUGCUUGAUGCGAAUCACUGCCCUGGUUCAUGUCUGUUCCUGUUUGAAGGAUCUCAGACGACCAACGCAGGCGAUAGCACAUACAAAUCUCCAUUCGUCGGCACUUCCCGUACAUUCCGCUAUCUGCACUGCGGUGACUUCCGCGCCAGCCCACAACAUGUGUUACACCCAUCUGUUAAGGGAAAGCGACUUGACACGGUCUAUCUCGAUACCACAUAUCUCAACCCAAGAUACUGCUUCCCACCACAACCACUGGUCGUCUCAGCUUGUGCUGAGCUGGCGCGGAGGAUUGUCAACGGUGAACCGUUGGAUUCUGACAAUGGGAAGGGCUCGUCGAAUGGGAAAGCUUCGAUUCAAGAGUGGAUGAAAACUGGAGAGGGGAAGGGAAAGCAGAGAGCACAGAAAGACGGAGAAGUUCUGAUCGUCGUUGGAACGUAUUCGAUUGGCAAAGAACGGGUAGUAAAAGCCAUUGCCAAAGCACUCAACACGAAAGUCUACUGCGAUUCUCGCAAAGUAGCAAUCUUGCACUGUCAAGACGACCCAGAGUUACAUGCUCUCUUAACGGACAAACCUCUCGAAGCUGGCGUUCACGUUGUUCCGCUCGGUCAAGUCGCCUCGGAUCGAUUCAAAGAAUAUAUGGAUAGAUGGAAAGGUCGUUGGUCACGAGCAGUCGCUUUCCGCCCAACAGGUUGGACGUACUCACCUCCCGUAGGCUCAGACCCGAUGCCACCAAUUUCACGCGUCGUAGCGGCCGCUCAAGCUCGCGACUUCACCUACGCGCAUCUCCGUCCUGCUCGGAACUCUACGGCACAGUUCAUGCAAUACGGUGUACCUUAUUCUGAACAUUCGAGUUUUGCUGAGCUUGCAUGUUUUGCGUUGAGUGUGGAUUGUGCGAGGAUUAUCGCGACGGUGAACGUUGGGAGUGCGGUGGCGAGAGCGAAGAUGCAGAAAUGGAUUGAGCGGUGGGAGGUAGAGAGGAAACGAAGGAGAGAGGCGGGUUUGCCGGCUGUGGUGGAGUAUAGAAAUUUAGAGUAUUGGUAG